UACGUCAAAAAGUCAGAAAACCUGAUAAAUUAGGAGAAGUCCAUUCCCCUCCAGAAGCCAGUUACUUCAAAGUUCGCCAUCACGUCGCUUCCAACGCUUUUCGGUCGCAUACUCAAACGCUACUGCGCGGUGAAUACUAAUCCCAGCAAGAUCAUGGUGGUCACACACAACGUCAAGGGAUACGAUGAGUUCUCCAAGAAGAUGGAGGAACUGGAGAACGGCAACGAGCCGGUCCACGUCCUCUUCAGCGGCGGCAAGGACGAGAACGGAGAGAGCUGGUGCCCCUACUGCGUGAAGGCGGAGCCGGUGAUACACGAUGCUCUGAAGAAGGCCCCCGGCAACUCGCACUUCGUGCAUGUGGAUGUGGGCGAGCGGGCAUACUGGAAGGAUUUGAACUGCCCCUUCCGCAAGGAUCCCAACACGCAUCUGAUCUUCUUGCCCACUCUGCUGCGCUGGAAGCGGCCACAGCGUCUGGAUGGCGAGCGCUGCUCCAAUCAGGAUCUCGUCGAGAUGAUGUUUGAGGAUGAGGAUUAAGUCGUAUAGCUUACAUACAAAUAUUUCGGAACUUUACUCAAGUUGGAAUACACAGAAGACACACCCACAUUCAAUUAAAGCGUCCCUCAGUAA